GGCGAGCGGAGGAGCGGCGAGUGACCGCUGUCUCCUUGUUUACCUUUACGGGAGUAGCGUGGGAGGCGUCGAGGGAGGUGGACGUGUGCUCCUCUUCUCCUGCCUUGAACAUUACACUACUCUCACCUUAACACUUGUCCGUCGUGGAGGCUGUUAUUGGGUACAUGGGUGAAGGGAGAAUGGCCGCCACACUACCUUCAGAUACACCACUCCAAGAGGCAGACUCCACCAGCAAGAAAACCUCAAGAAGGCAAUGGAGUGUUCAAGGUGGACCAAGGGGACUGCUGCGGAGAAUGAGGAGUCAGUUGGCAGAAGAUGGUUGCCCAGAAUCUCAACUGGUUAUGGGAAAGACACUUCUAGAGCAGCAAGGCCAGGAAAAUGAGGCUGAUGAAGAGGGUGCACGGUUGGCAGUGUUCUGGUUAACUCAAGCUUCCCUUCAAGGAAACUCUGAGGCAACUCAACUACUACAAAACUGUCUUGACAAUAACAUUGGUAUAUGUGAACAUAACUAUCAUGAAGUACGAGAGUGCCUGGCUAAGGACUUGCAAGAGAAACUGGCGAGGCGUGCAGCUCAUAUGCUGUUCUGCAGUGUAAGUGAUGGAAAUGAUGUUAUCAGUAGCAGUGGCCUGGCAAGCAAGAUCCGGGAAGUUCUAGCAGGUGUCGAGAAUGAUGACGUGGAAACUGUAAAGCAGAACCAUCAGCAACCUGAAGAUUGUUGCACCUUGGAAGAACGCUAUGGUGGAGAAAGAUUUUCUGAGGAGCAUGUUGUAUCAGGGUCGGUGCUCUACUGCCAGGGACGAGUGCCACCACUUCAUUACUUCAUCAACCUAACUGCACCUUCUCCAUACACUUCGUAUCUCUUACAGGCAAUACAUUGGCCAUAUAGAACCCUUGAGAGGAUUUACCAAAGCUACAUACAUUUCUUAGGUGUUGUGCUGACUAAUUAUGUUAAAAAAUGUUUAGGAUAUUUUACCCCCAUAAUAAGUGGACUGGUAAUAUUUUUGCUUGGCAGCUUAAUGUCAUUGUUUGGGGCAGAACGUGCAGCAGUUGUGUUGCCACUUCUUGUGUCAUGCAUAUCUCUAAUAGUAAUGAUAGUGUCUUCAGUCCAUAUGUUAAUUAACAGAAAGAGGUUUAUUAGUUUUCACAUUUGGUCACUAGUAUUUUCUCAUUAUUGUCCCGAGCUUGAUAUCAAUAGAGCUGAAGGCAAAUUUAAAGCUAGGUGCUGGAAGCCAUAUGUUGCCACGGGUGUGGCUGUAUUUUUUUAUCUUGGUACAGUUCCAUUAACGUCUCCCAAACUCAUGAUUAUGUUUUUACCUGUGAUAUGUAUGUGUGCAGUAAUAACAUUUGCCCUAGUUCCAGAAAGGCUGAGUGGAUGGCACUUUUUGUCUUUAGUAGUUUACAUAUCAGCCAUGACCCCGAGUGUUCAUGGAUAUGUGGGCCAUUGGCUGGUCUCUGUAUCUAGAGGAACAGGCUUAGAAUACAUCCUUGCAGAAAACCACAUUAAUGUAUUGUGGAAAUUAAAGUUACACUUUGGAGUGGGGCCAAUGCUACAUGUGUUGUGGUUUGUUAUUCAGCUUGGUAUGGCAGUGUGCCACGGUGUUACUCGUCUCUCACCACACCUGGUCAGUGUCGUGUGGUGCCAUUUGGCUCUAAUUGCAUACCAGAAGGUGACCAUGCCAAUGGAUAUUUUGUACCCUAUUGCUGGAUGGUGUGCAUUGAUCUUCUUGCCUACUUUUACUCCCUUCAUGCUGUUAGGAGGACCUGCUCUUCUUUGUGCUUGCCUUGGUUUAUACAUUGGAAUGGAUUAUCAAGCUCUGAUGCUCAUUUUUUUCAGUGUCGUCUUACUUGUAUGGGUACUGACACGUUGGUUGCCAAACUUUAUUGUUGUUUGUAAGUGGAUGGUGGUUGGGGUAAUGUUAUUGGCUUUACUGCACCCAAGCCUAUUUGUACAGUCUCCACCAUCAAAACAUUCAAUUUUAAAGUGGGAGAAUUACAAGAAUGUGUGUGUUCCUUCGAAAGACUCAACUGCUGCUGCUACAGUGCAUGGUUGUCUACCUCUAUUGGAAACAUUGGUAAAAUGGCAGGGGUCUGUUGCUCAAGUAAACAUUGUCAGCGUAUACAACUUACCCCAGAGGGUUUUUUCUAGAUUACCUGCAGUCAUUGUCGAUCUUAUGAAGUGUUAUUUUGGUAAAAAAUUACCUCCUUGUCCAGUGAGCAAAGAUGUUACAACUGCUAUUGAGCGCUGUCGGUUGCUGCAUCGUGUUUUAGGAUCUAAUGCAUGCACACUAGAAAACUGGAAUGAAUAUGACUUUGAUAUUACAGUAGCGAUGAGCUCCUCAUAUUGGAAAUUUGGUAAUGAAGGUUCUCAAGUUAGUCUCCAUGCAGACAGUACAUUCCAAGACUUUAUUCUCAAGUUAAACAUAGGUGAUCAGGUGGAAUUUGUUGGUGCUCUGUCAGAGGGAAUUGGUUCUCAUCGCCCAAAGUUGCAGUUAUCCUCUAUUAAGUGUGUUGAAUGCAAAUCAAAGCUUGGUGGUGUACAGAAAAUAAAUCGACAGAUUAAUUCUAAUAUAUGGGCUGUCCCUACAUUUAUAUUUAAUUUCUUUCUUGGACCAACAUUAACAAUGUAAAUAUUGUGCAUAUUUUCAUUGCCCAACUUUCAUGAGUCUGGGAUGCAUUUGUCCAGAGAAAAAAGUAAUAUAUGUAUCUUUCUCCUAUUGAGAAAGAAGGGUGUUAAAGGCUUAGCAACCCAUUAUUUUUCCAUCCCAUAUUAACUGUAAUUACCUAAGUGUAGUUACAGGAUGGUGCUCGUGGUGUCCCGUCUUCCCAGUACUUUUUGUCGUAUAAUGCUUUGAAACUUCUGACAGUUUUGGCCUCCACCAUCACCUCACUGAACUUGUUCUGUCUACCACUAUUUGCAAAAGAAAACUUCCUAAUAUUUUUUUGGCACCCUUGUUUCCUUAGCUUGAAUCUGUGUCUUCUUGUUUUUGAAGUUGCUGGUUUCAGGACUUCCUCUUUGUUAAUUUGGUUGAUUCCUGU